AAACAACACAGACGAUUCAUCUCUAAAAACCUACUCAGAAAAUGAGUGAUCGUUCAGUUUAUUGAUUGGUAUUCCAUACCUGACGAUGUCCGGAGAAAGUCAAUUAUGACAUCGGUACCACGGAGGUUUGAUAGAUGUAGAACAUCAAAGCGUUAUUGUGCUGAAAAACUCUGUUGCAAAUCCGAAAGGGCAGAGGCGACCUUUCACUGUGACGACUGUCACACUGACCAAUGUUAUGAUUGCGUCACAAGCAUACACCAGUCCAGUUCAAAAUUUGAGUUUCAUGACCGUUCAGAUAUAGUUCCCCCAUCGUUUGACUUGUUGUGUCAGAUAUCACUUGCUGACAAUAGCCGAAAGUGCACCGAAUUAAACUUUGCAGAUCUACACUGUGAAAUCUGUAAUAUUAACUUUUGCUUCACUUGUUUCGAAUUUUACCACAGGGGACCUAGAAGAACUCACAGGAAAACUAACUUCAAGGAUUACAAAUCCCGAGAAGCACAAAGACAUUUAGAGACUAUUGUAAAACCAACAUCUCCUGUGGAUACUGAAGACACUUCCUUAACUUUUGUAUCCUGUCCACAAAUACAAAUUGAUCAAGAAGUAACAAGCAGUAUGGAUUCAUUCAAUAGUGUGAAUUCUCGACACAGUCAAAAUGGAAGCAUACCUGAUUUAUGUUUGAACUCAAAUGAGAAAGACAUGAUUAAUAUCGAGGAAGAGCUGGCUGCCAGUCAAAUAGACGAACAUCAUUACAGCAGUCAAAGUUUUAUGCUUCUUGAUGGCCGAGAAAAGUUACAGGUUGAUGAUUUUGAAGACUUUUUGGUAAAGCUUGGAUGUGAUGAAGAGGAACAAGUAAAAGUUGUGUCAAUCUUCGGAAACACUGGUGAUGGGAAGUCCUACACACUGAAUUAUACAUUUUUUGGUGGAAAAGAGGUUUUUAAAACAUCUUCCCACCAAGAAUCUUGCACUAUAGGAGUCUGGGCUUCAUAUGACCCUGUCACAAAAGCCAUUGUGAUUGACACUGAAGGAUUUCUAGGAGUAACAGCAAAUCAGAACCAGAGAUCACGACUGCUGUUGAAGAUCCUGGCUAUAUCAGAUGUUGUUAUUUAUCGUACACGUGCAGAACGCCUUCACAAUGACAUGUUCCAGUUCCUCUGCGAUGCAUCUACCGCAUAUACAAAGCAUUUCUCUCUAGAGCUGCAGGCUGCUGCCAAGCGCUGUCGAAAAAGUGCUGCAGAUCUCCAUCCGUCAGUGAUAGUUUUUCAUGAAACAACCAAUACCAGAGUUCUUGGGGAAGACAAUGGCGGUAAGCCAGCGGAGAGUGACCUCUUGGACAAGUUCCAGCAACUUGAUUGUCCGAUGCAUUUUAAGGACCUGAAAUAUGUUGGGACAAGGACCAAAGGGACCAAAACAGACUUCCGAAAGUUUCAAGCAGAACUCCAGGAACAACUGGAAAACAAGUCUCAUAGAGCUGCUAGAAAACCAGAGGUGGUGUAUACAACACUUAAGAAUUUAAACGACAAGUUCAGCGGUGAGAUUGAAAAGCCAGUGUAUGGGACAUUUCCUGACCAGAUGUUUACAUGUUCUGUCAAGUGUCUCUGUUGUGGGGAGAGCUGCUGUCUGAGUAUGAACCACAAAGCCGACCAAUCACAUAACACAGACAAGCGAUGUAAAUACCAACAUCAGUUUGGUAACAAGGUCUACUUGUGUAAGAGGUGCUGGAUGGGUGGUAAACAAAAUGUUGUGGUGCUGAAGACAUCCGAAUCAAAGGACAACGCAUGGAUGGGAUUCGCUAAAUAUGUCUGGGCAGGUGAAGUUCUGGAGUGUCCCCACUGUGGAGUUAUAUACCGGAGUCGAGAGAAGUGGUACGGUAACAGUCACCCAGAGGAAGCUGUUACCAUGGAUAUUAGACACGUAUGGCCUGAUGGUCUACAGAACUUACAGGGAGCUCAGAAUGCCGCCCGUAAGCUGGUAGAUGGUAUGCAUUACAUCGCCGACUCCAUCAGCAGUGUGGGGUCAGGACCAACCAAGAUGUUGUCUGACUGGAUGGCUGACAAAAUUGCCCCAGAUUACUGGGUUCCCAACACACAGAUAAAAGAAUGCAAUAUUUGUUCUAUAAAGCUGGAGAAUGAACAGAAGCAUCAUUGUCGUGCAUGUGGAAAGGGCUUCUGUGAUGGUUGUUCAUCUCAUCGGAGACCAGUGCCAGAGAGAGGCUGGGGAGAGAACGUUGCUGUUCGUGUGUGUGACAACUGUCAUACUGACACAAUGACAGGCUCGUCUGACAGUACUGGCAGUAAUUCCCAGACCACUGCCAGGCGUGUAGGAGAGGCAGUGACCUCAGCUAUUGGUGUGGCAGCCUCAACAUUUAACUAUCCUCUUGACAUGCUGAAGGACACUGCUAGGCCUGCCUACUGGGUACCAGAUACCGAUAUAAAGAACUGUUGUGUGUGCAGAGAGGAGUUUGGACCUAAGCGGGCCAUACAUCAUUGUAGAGCCUGUGGCAAAGGUGUAUGUGAAGCAUGCUCCCCUAGCAAACUUCCAGUCCCUAUUAGGGGAUGGGACUAUCCGGUCAGGGUGUGUACAAAGUGUGAGAAAAAGGCAGAUGAACUGGGAUCUACGUAGUCCCUUUCUGGGACCGGAGAUGUAUUAUUAAUUAAGUAUACAAGUCAGAACGAAUUCUAGAACUCUCCUGUCAAGGUACUGUAUAGCGUUUUAAAUUUGUGGGGUCAAUACAGUGGACCUGCGAUAAUCCGGACGCCGAUAGUCCGGAAAACUCACAGUCCGGACGGAAAUGCACGGGAAUGGAUUUCCGUAACGUUAUUUGUACUCACCAGUCCGGAAAUUCGGAUUCCGAUUCCGGAAGCCCAUUUUGGGAACGGAAAGUACUUUUCAUUAGUAAAUUUCCCUCGAUAAUCCGGACAAAUGUUUCACCACGAGGAGAAAAAAAUGU